GUCACGGGGCCUCUGCACUUGUGCACUCGCUACUACAAUUGCUCAACCUUCCGAGAUCUGAAGCUUUGCUUCGUUGAAUUGCUCAGUUUGCUGCGGUUUCCGGUUCUCUAAAGUAAUCUGGAAGCGGCGUUUUCGAAUUCGGAUUCGUCUGAGGAGGUUGCAUUGACUGCGGUAUGGUUUUUGUGGCUAAAGAGAGUGUGUGCGGCCAAUUAGGCGCUGCUUUUAGGUUGCGUGGAUUCAGCUGUCAGCGGACUGUGGAGAGCUGUUUAAUUUUGUACGGAAUUGAGAUAAAUGAAAAUUUUAGUGUGAGGUUCGAUCUGAGUUCUCGUUUAAGGAGCAUUGAAGCUGGAGGUUGUGUGCGAGUGAGUCGGCGAGGAAGAGGUGGUGCUUGGAGGAGAGGGUGUACUGGUAGUGAGCAGAUCGAUGUUAGGGCUUUUGGAUCUCAAGAAAACGGGCAUUCGGAUACGGUGAAGGAGCAACCGAAGGUUUGUCUUCGGUGUGGGAUGACCUAUCAAGAUGAGGACAAUAGUCCGAUUGUUUGCAAAUACCACGGCCACAUGACGGAAGAGUGGAGCGGCUUUCUGCUGCGGCUUGCAAAACAUUUUGCAGUGCAUUGUGAUCACUCUGUGGUUCUCUUGUGCUGGGCAUCAGGAGAUCCAGGUUUGUAUACCUACGCGCCUCCACAUCAAGGAAUAGACGGAGAGUGGGCUGAUUCAAGUGGAGUUAUUGUCUAUAAAUGGAAUACCAAGAAUGAACGACCAAAUACGGGAAGUAAAAAUUGGAAACAAAGGUGGACAUGCUGUGGGGUGUACGAUGAAGACGCUGCUCCUUGUCGUUUGGGAAGACAUGUAUCCUACGACGAUGGAGCUACUCGAUUUUGAUUAUGAAUGUUAUAUACAUAUAUCUGUGGGUAUUGCACAGUGUUUGUUGAA